CUGGCGUCUUACAGUCCGAAGCGAGUCAUGGCGGAGCUGAGGCACUCGAGCUCGCUCAGUGCAAGAGCUACAACUACUUCGUCUCCGAUGAAGCGCGACGAGAAAGACGUUUCCCCUCUACUCCUCCACCACGAUAAACCCCCUGCCGCCGUCAACGACGACAACGAUGACGACGGUUGCCGUCACCAUUUCGCCAGGGAUCGCGACCGUCCGUUCUAG